AUGGCUCCGGCAGUAGCACCAAAAGCCGGUCCAUCGUCAUCAUUGCCAGUAACGCCAGCGAAAUCUCCAAGUAGUUUUCCGACGACUAAUCCAUCUGCAGCCCCAUCUAAGACGCCUACUUCUUCUCCAUCUCUUUCUCCGGUGACCAGUCCAAAAGCCUCUCCCACCCAGACUCCGACAUUGCAACCAGUUACUCCUCCGGCCAAAAGCCCUAUCCAAUUACCACCAGUCGUCUCUCCUCUGCCUAGUCCCUCUCCUUCAGUAACACCACCUACAGCUGCUCCUUUACCCUCACCUGUCGCCGCUCCAGUUACUACUCCCCCAAUCACGACCCCUUCUCCGGCCAGUGUACCUGAAGCAUCACCGCCACCGAUAAGUUCAAACGUUCCUACAACACCGGCGGAUGCUCCAAAAAUUUCGGCCACAAGGAGUCUGCCAAGCUCCGGGCCAGCAGCCCCGGAAACGGCACAGAGUCCAGUGAGCGACCAAUCAGGGUUGACGACAAAGCACGAGAUUGUAUUAGUUUUGACUGGUUUGAUCGGCUUGGCUACUGCUGCCGCCCUCACUUUUUAA